AUGUCCCCACAAACGCUCGAAUUCGCAUCUCCCAGCGCUCACGGCACGCCAGUCUACUUGACAGUGUGGGACUUGUUGCCGCCUUCUAGAUGGGCAAGCUUUGCCUACAAUUGUGGCCUCGGAGUGCUGCAUACGGAUGUUUGGCUGCCUGAUGCUGCCACCGAGUGGGGUUACGGAGGGCACGAUGUUGCGUGAGUGUGCAGGUCAAUGCGUCGUCCAACUCGAGACUGCAUCACGCAAUCAGGUACUACGACUGGCCAGCAUCUCUUUGGUCGUUCUCGCAAGCUCAUCAUCGCGCGCGCUUCCUCGCUAUUCAGCUCUGUGACUGGUAUCUUUGCUCUGCCUCGUGACGGCGAGACAGGCAGACCAGAUGAUGGGCUGUCCAGGCUUGGCCCGCGCAAGAUCCCAGCACCCGGUCCUAGCCCGUUGCCGGAGGCUCGAUACGUAGGUAGUUGGUUCAUAGGCUAUGCUGGGGCCCCAGAAGUAUCGCAUACGCAAGCAGAGCAGGCAUCGCAAAGCUCAGAUACUGGCGCUACUCCGUGCAUUCCAGCUGGUUCUCGGCUUGAUCGCCCAAACAAGGAGACGGGCAGGUGGGCAGCGCCUCAGAGCGGCUGGAAUGCGUACUUGGAACCUCGAGUGGGCGAAGCGGAUGCAUCGACGGGCUCGGGAGGUCGCAAUCGGAGUGCGAGGCACAGAGGCGCUCGUGCACGGAGCUUAGCUUGGUCUCUCAAAGUGAUCAUGGAGGUGAGUCGUGAUGGCAGUCCUCUCAGCACCUUGGCAUCCAGCCCUCGUUCGACACGCAGCCGCGCUGAUCACAUCGCGCUCCUCUCGUGAAGAUGAAGGAAGAUCCGCAGUAUUACGGCACCAACUACGAUCUACUGGCUCGCAACUGGUGAGCACUGAGCGAUGCUUGAAUAGCUUGAUGUACAGACAAGUUUAGCUCAGGUCUCGCCCUCGGCUCUCACCCACACACAGCAAUCACUUUUCAGAUGCCCUGCUGCAGAGGCUCACAGGUGCGCGACUACCCGGGUGGAUCAAUCGCGCAGCGUGGGUGAGUCAGCGUGCUCCAGAUGCGGCUCUUUCCAGCCAGCUCGCUCGGAGCUGA